UCUGAAGCUUGCUGCUGCUGCUAAGGGUUUUGGUGCAGGGAAACAAAACUGCCUUUUCCGCCCGCUGAUUUCCUAACAUCUGCAUGUUUCUGCUGCCGCACUCCGUCUCACACCCUCUUCCCAUGGACUGAUUUUUUUGUUAUUGAGGGGUGGAAGGACAAGAAACCAGGGCAUUUCUUUGGGAGAAACAAAAUUGCAUUUAUUUGUUGCAUUCUGGUGGAUCUGUUCUGAGGUUAAUAUUUUUGGAAAGGAAAAACAUGACGUCGCCAGCUAAAUUCAAAAAGGAUAAGGAGAUCAUAGCUGAAUAUGACACUCAGGUCAAAGAGAUUCGCACCCAACUCAUUGAGCAGCUGAAAUGCCUCGACCAACAGUGCGAGCUUCGGGUCCAGCUACUUCAGGACUUGCAGGAUUUCUUCCGCAAGAAGGCAGAGAUCGAGAUGGAUUACUCAAGGAACUUGGAGAAGUUGGCUGAGAGAUUCCUGGCUAAAACAAGGAGCACCAAAGACCAGCAAUUCAAGAAGGAUCAGAAUGUCCUGUCUCCAGUCAACUGUUGGAAUCUCCUCUUAAACCAGGUGAAGCGAGAGAGCAGGGACCACACGACUCUGAGUGACAUCUACCUAAACAAUAUCAUCCCUCGGUUUGUCCAAGUCAGCGAAGACUCUGGGCGACUCUUCAAGAAGAGUAAAGAAGUCGGAUUGCAGCUCCAGGAAGACUUGAUGAAGGUCCUGAAUGAGCUAUACACGGUGAUGAAGACUUACCACAUGUACAAUGCGGACAGCAUCAGUGCUCAGAGCAAGCUGAAAGAGGCAGAAAAACAGGAAGAGAAACAGAUUGGGAAGUCGGUGAAGCAAGAGGACAAACAGACCCCACGCUCCCCUGACUCAACUUCCAACGUUAGGUUUGAAGAGAAACAUGUCCGACGGAGCUCAGUCAAGAAAAUAGAGAAAAUGAAGGAGAAGCGCCAAGCAAAAUAUACUGAAAAUAAACUGAAGGCCAUUAAGGCAAGAAAUGAGUAUCUGUUGGCUCUGGAAGCCACCAAUGCAUCUGUGUUCAAGUAUUACAUCCACGACCUGUCUGAUCUCAUUGAUCAGUGCUGUGAUCUGGGAUACCAUGCCAGCCUCAACAGAGCUCUCAGGACGUUCCUGUCUGCAGAGCUGAACCUGGAACAGUCCAAGCACGAGGGCCUGGAUGCCAUUGAGAAUGCAGUGGAGAACUUGGAUGCCAACAGUGACAAGCAGCGCCUCAUGGAGAUGUACAACAAUGUCUUCUGCCCGCCCAUGAAGUUUGAGUUUCAGCCCCACAUGGGUGACAUGGUGUCACAACUGUGUGCCCAGCAGCCUGUCCAGAGUGAGUUGGUGCAGAGAUGCCAGCAGCUGCAGUCUAGAUUAUCUACGCUCAAGAUUGAAAACGAAGAGGUUAAGAAAACUAUGGAAGCCACACUGCAGACUAUCCAAGACAUAGUCACAAUUGAGGACUUUGAUGUCUCUGACUGCUUCCAGUACAGCAACUCCAUGGAAUCCGUCAAAUCCACAGUCUCUGAAACUUUCAUGAGCAAGCCAAGCAUUGCCAAGAGACGGGCCAAUCAGCAGGAGACGGAGCAGUUCUACUUCACGAAAAUGAAGGAGUACCUGGAAGGCAGGAACCUGAUCACUAAGCUCCAGGCCAAGCAUGACCUUCUUCAGAAGACACUGGGAGAAAGUCAAAGGACUGAUUGCUCCCUUGCCAGUGGCAGACGCAGCUCUACUAUAAGGAAGCAGGACUCCAGCCAAGCCAUUCCCCUUGUGGUGGAGAGCUGCAUACGAUUCAUUAGCAGACAUGGACUGCAGCAUGAAGGCAUAUUCAGAGUGUCUGGAUCGCAGGUUGAGGUGAAUGAUAUCAAAAACGCAUUUGAGAGAGGGGAGGAUCCACUGGCUGGAGACCAAAAUGACCAUGAUAUGGACUCAAUAGCGGGAGUUCUGAAACUCUAUUUCCGAGGGCUGGAGCACCCUCUAUUUCCGAAGGAAAUCUUUCAUGAUCUGAUUGCCUGUGUCACAAUGGAUAACUUACAAGAAAGAGCACUACACAUCCGGAAGGUCCUUCUGAGCUUGCCUAAAACCACUCUGAUUGUAAUGAGAUACCUCUUUGCAUUCCUCAGUCAUUUAUCUCAGUUCAGUGAAGAGAACAUGAUGGAUCCCUACAACUUGGCCAUCUGCUUCGGGCCCACGCUGAUGUCUGUGCCUGAAGGCCACGAUCAGGUCUCCUGCCAGGCUCAUGUCAAUGAGCUGAUCAAAACCAUCAUCAUCCAACAUGAGAACAUCUUCCCAGGACCGAGAGAACUGGAAGGCCCAAUCUACAGCAGGGGUGGAAACACUGAGGAUUACUGUGAAAGUCCUCAUGGAGAAACAGCCUCAGCAGAAGAUUCAGUUCAGGAUAUAGCAGCCGAGCAUCAUACCAGUGACGAUGAGUGUGAGCCGAUAGAAGCAAUAGCAAAGUUUGACUACAUUGGCCGAACUGCACGAGAGCUGUCCUUUAAAAAAGGGGCUUCUCUCCUCCUGUAUCAGCGGGCCUCAGAUGAUUGGUGGGAGGGACGGCACAAUGGCGUCGACGGUCUUAUCCCUCAUCAGUACAUUGUUGUUCAAGACACUGAGGAUGGUUCCUCUGAAAGAUCCAGCCCCAAGUCCGAAAUAGAAAUCAAUUCUGAGCCACCAGAAGAAAAAGUGACAGCCAGAGCCGGUGCCAAUUGUCCAAGUGGGGGUCACGUCGCUGAUAUUUAUCUUGCAAACAUCAACAAGCAAAGAAAGAGACCAGAGUCAGGCAGCAUCAGAAGAGCGUUCCGUCAAAGCGACAGCCACGGACUGGCUAGUUCACUGGUAGAACCAGCCUCCCCAGGAGCCACAGCUAGCUCUAGACCCUCAUCUCAGCCCAUUAUGAGCCAGAGUCUCCUCAAGGAGGUACCAGAUAAAUGCUCCAUCAGCGGCCACGGCAGCCUCAAUUCUAUCAGCCGGCACUCAUCUCUGAAGAACAGGAUAGACAGCCCACAGAUCCGUAAAACUGUGACUGCAGGCAGGUCAAAGAGUUUCAAUAACCAUCGGCCCAUGGAUCCUGAGGUCAUUGCGCAGGACAUUGAAGCUACCAUGAACACUGCUCUGAAUGAACUGCGGGAGUUGGAAAGGCAAAGCAGCGUAAAGCACACACCAGAUGUUGUCCUCGACACCCUGGAGCCUUUGAAAACCUCCCCUGUUGUGGCACCCACCUCAGAACCUUCCAGCCCUCUGCAUACCCAGAUUCUUAAGGACUCCGAACCAGCAUUCCAGCGGAGCGCCAGCACUGCUGGUGACAUCCCAUGCGCCUUCAGGCCAGUGAAGUCAGUCAAAAUGGCUGCCCAGGUUAAACCUCCAGCAACAAGGCCGAAGCCUGCAGUUUUCCCCAAAACAAAUGCCACAAGCCCUGGUGUUGCUUCUUCCGCAUCUCAACAGCCUACUGACAAGUCCUGUACUGUCUGAACUAGAAGCCCCACUGUGGAUAUAAUUUUGUUGUUUCAAAUGAGGGGACUAUAUUAAAGACACGUGAAAAUUCCUAUUUAACUAGUUUCGGACUUCUGCUGAAGGUUAGUUUGUAAGUCGUUACUGCCAGGAGCACUCCCUGGGAGUGAAGACAUGGGUAGUUAAGCCUCGCCACAUGCACACCACAUCAGCAUACCUUGCUUAUGAAAUACAGACAGAAAAUCGAACAUCAGGUCACUGUGAAAGUGGUGAGGCCAACACAAAGGACUGAUGAAUUGGUUCUCAGUUUAUAGUUGAUGCCUUGUUCGUGUUUGGCCACUGAGAGAAGUACUCAGUGGUGCCAUGUUUUGGAUACUGGUGUAAUGACUUAUAUAUAUUCAUUUGCCACAGGGAAACAAUCCAAUAGAUUUUAGUCUACUGCAUGUUUUGGUACCACUAGUUAUGUGGAGCUUGGACAUGCCUGAUUCUUGUGCAUUAUUACAUUUCCUGCUGGUGCCACUGCUGUUAAGGGUCUGUCUCGAUUUCCAUUACAUCCUCUCUCUUUCAGCAGUCUUAGCUCUUAGCCAUGUCAAGCUCCCCUUGAUUGAAACUUGUCAUGACAAAUACUCAGCUCUGGAACAUGAGUUCCGUGUUGUGUGUUGGUGCAGAUUUAAAUAAAGCAAAUCUAUUUCUGAGUUUUAGGAGGGAAAAAAAUAGAAUUGCUGAGCAUGGCCACCGUGCAAUUGUUUUGGUGCUCCCAGAUUUAAAAGCAGCUUUGUUCUUUUAAAAUGAAACUUUCAGGGCAUUAGACAAUAAUGCAGUGUGUGCUGUUCAGUGGGAACUUGGAAGGUGGAAUGUAAAAACGAGUUACCUUCUGAAAACCAGCUGCUGUGCUCUCUCAGGAGUGGCAUUUCCUAACGUGAUCAUAAGUUGAGAUGGGCUCAAACCGAAACCCCACUUCUGAACAUCCCUAAAGCUUGAUUCUGAAACUCUUUGCAGCUUGGCCCUGUUUUUGAUUCGUAAAGACUUUGUUCUAUGGCUCUCAGCACUAUGAACUAUUGUGGAGGACCCCAGCGUAAGGAGAGUGGUGGCAGCAUGCUCUAUGGGUGAUUGGCACUACAGUGUCCAGCUCCUAAAUUGCUUAAAUACAUAUUUCUAUGAUAAAUCAUCAUGCCUCCAAGGGAUUCUGCUGACAAAUUAGUGACUUCUUAGUAUAUAUGUGUGUGACAGACUGACUGCUUCAGCUACUAGCAGGCUGUAUGGACUUUUCUGUGCUUUCAUGGCAAUAUAUUUUCCAGAAUGCUGCCAUAUAUUUAAUGAAGGGGGAAAAAAAGGCACAUGCUAUGUUAAGAUAAUGAGUCUCACAGCCCCACUAGACAAGGGAUCUUGCAACUGACUUUCCAUCCUUACCUUGCCCAUCAUGCCCAAAUAUUGCUGGAGUCUGAAUAGUCCUACCAUUUAUGUUCUCGUUGUAGUUACUCAAGAAAGAACAACAUAAGGAAGGUGACUCUCCCAACUCUAGUCGUGUCCUUUGAUAUUUGUGGGCCUGAAUCACACCUUAACUUCGUGGUUUAAUGCAGGUUGUGAUGUUUAACUAGCAUUGUAAUAAAAACAAGGUAUGUUGCAUCUCUAAGAACAAGUUGGCCUUAAACAUCCACUUCUAAUUCCUUUUAAAGGAGGUUACUUGG